AAAUGAGAAUCCUAAUAGUGCUAUUGAUUGGUUUGGUAUUAAGACUUCGUAAUCAUUAAAGGCAUUAAGCAAAUUGGCCACAGAUCCUAAAGUUGUACUUGCAGAAAUGGACAACAAUCAUAUGGGAAAAACAUUCUUGAAUGCCAUUUAAAUUAGUUUAGCUACAGGAUCACCAGUUCAUGAAAUUUAAAGUUAUAUUAAUAACAUUAGGUAUUAUCUUAUAUCUAUAAUUAGAUUUAUGUUGGAAUAAGAACAAAAAGACUCUGAUCUUUAUAUCUAAAAUACAUAAGCUUCAUGUAAUAGAUUACUACAUGAUUUCUCUACAAAUUUGGCAUAUCAUUAAAGCUAAUUGAAAGCUCAUACUAAAAUUGUAGAUGAGAAUACUAACAAUUUACAAAGAUCAUUAAACAAAAUUGCUGAAGUUUCUGUUGAAAUUGAAGAGAAUUCUAAAAAAACAAAUGCAGGACAAAGCGAAAGAGAUUUACAAUAUGCUGAAUUUUAAUCUAAAAUCAAAGAUCAUACUGAAGCUAUCUCAGCAAUAGAUGAAGCUUAUGCUUUAAUUGAGCAUUUAUCAGGGGGAUCUUCAUUCAUUCAAGUUAAAGGAAGAUUUAACAAAGUCUUAUCUAGAUUAUAAAGGUAAUAUAUGAUGAUAUUAAUAUUAGUCAAUCAACAUCAAGUGGAUUAUUGUUUUAACCAAUUUUAACUAUGAUGACUCAACUCUCAGCUAAAUCAGAUUCUGAUACAGCAAAGAAAGUGUUAUAGUUAUUGUCAAAUUUGAGAGUUUAAAUUGUUGAAAGCAAAUCUAGUGAUGAAGAUAUUGAAAAAUAAUAAAGUUUGAAUUGGUAAUAAUUUUUAUCAGAUUUAACCAAUGAAAGAAAUACUUUGUAAUUCUAUUAUUUGAUUUUUUAGAUCUGAUUAAAGAUAAAAUCUUGAAUAAGCAAUCUUAAAUUAUUAAAGCAUCAUUGAAGAAUCUUAAGGUAAAGUUGAAUAUCAUGCUGCUGAAGUAGAAAGAAAUCAAGUAAUUCUAUUUUAAUAAUUAUUUAUAGUCCAAUUUGGAUGGAUAAGAUUAAUGGUGCAGAUAAUAAUAAGAUAUUUAUUAAAUGGAAACUCAAUCUAGAGUUUAAUUAUAAGACUUGAUUUCUAGAAUCUCAGAUCACAUCCAAGAUAAGAUUGUUACACUUAAGGAAUAUCUUAGAGAGAGACUCUAAUUAAAUUGAGAUUAACAACAAACAUUUAAUAUUAUAUAUAUAAUGAAUUCAUUAACC